AUGUCACUGGCGUCAAUGCAUGGCUGUGGAACGGCAAGGCACAGACAUACCUUACGUGCCGUCGGCGACACAGCGGACGACUCUGAUGAGAUCACCGCCCUGCUGGGCCCCGGCGGCCCCCGCAGAGACCAGGGCAGCCCCCGCAAGGAUAGCUGGGUCGGCCUCGAAGAUUUCGAGGGCUUUCCCUGGUGGAAGAAGCCAUCGGUCUGGUGGCUCUUGGUGCCCUACGCGCUCUUUACUCUGGCGUUUGGAGGCUCGAUUGUGCCAAAGUUGAAUCUCAUCAUCGACCUCAUCUGCCAGCGUCACUUUGCCGACAGGUCGGCUGCUGAUCCCAAAUUCUCAUACAAGCCCGUCAUAUUGGGAUCCGACAACCCGCAAUGCCUCCUCCCCGAGGUUCAGAGGAUUGUCGCCACCUUCAUGCUGAUUUAUAGCGUGCUCAUUGGCGUCCUCAGCUCUCUCACGGCACCCAAGCUCGGUGCUCUUUCGGACCGCUAUGGCCGCAAGCGCAUCAUGGUUAUCUCGUCCUUUGGCGGCAUAGUUGGCGAGGUCAUCAUCAUCCUGACGGCAAAGUAUCCCGACGUGAUCCACUACAAAUGGAUCAUCGUGGGCGCCUUCUUCGACGGCCUGGCCGGCUCCUUCACCGCUGGCAGCGUCUUGACCCACUCUUACGCCAGUGACUGCACGCCGCCCUCGAAACGCAGCGUUGCCAUCGGCUACCUUCACUCGUGCCUCUACUCUGGCUUGGCUUUUGGCCCCCUUAUCGCCGGCUACUUCGUCGAGUGGAUGGGCUCGCUUGUGAGCAUCUUCUACGUGACUUUGGGCUGCCAUGUCUUUUUUAUCCUCUUCACCUACUUCGCCAUCCCCGAGUCGCUGUCCAAGAAGCGCCAGCACCUAGCCCGCGAAAAGUACGCUACGGAGCAGGCCAAGUUUGGGCCAGUUCCGGCCUUUGUGUCCUCCAUUCAGAACUAUGUUCCCUUCGGAAAGCACUUCACCGAUGCCACGCGCUCUUGGCGCGCUGCAAACCCCUUUGCGCCGCUUAAAAUCCUGUAUCCCACUGGGCCCGGCACCAGCCAGCUGCGGCGCAACCUGCUCGCCAUGGCCUUUAUCGACUUCUGCAUUGUGGGUGUUGCCAUGAGCUCCGGGCCCGUCAUCAUCCUAUACACCGAGUACAUGUUUAACUGGGGUAACCUUGAGUCGUCGCGCUUUAUCUCGCUGACCUACACAGUGCGCGUCGUGAUUCUGGUUGGUGUGUUCCCCGUAAUCAACUACUUGUUCCGUACACGGAAGCGUCAGGCAAAGAUCCGGCGUCAGCCGUUCGAGGCCAAGAACGCGGGUGCCGACAGGCUCGACAUCUGGAUCCUCCGCACGGCGCUCCUGUCGGACGUGGUCGGCGUGGUCGGCUACAUCUUUGUGCGUCGCAGCUACAUGUUUGUGCUCUGCGCCAUCGUCACAGCGUUUGGAGGGCUCGGCUCUGCUACCAUCUCGGCGUCGCUUAGCAAGCAGGUCCCCGCCGACCGCGUCGGCCAGGUCCUCGGCGCCGCCGGCCUGCUCCACGCCCUCUCCCGCAUCGUGGCGCCUGCCAUCUUCAACGGGCUGUAUGCCGCCACGGUCGAGUCGUUCCCGCAGGCCAUUUUCAUCCUGCUGUCAGCCAUGUUUGCCUUGGCAUUCUUGGCGUCCCUUUUGGUCCGGCCGCAUGUGUUUUUGGAUGAAGAUGACGAGCCCGUCGCCGGCGAUGCGGGCGCUAGCCGGCCCUCGGACCGCAACGCCAGCCGGCGUGACGAGAUGGAGGAUGAUGAGCUCCUCGGCAGUGUGUAA